AUGGAUGGGAAGCUAUUGAAAGAAAUUGGCUGCAAAGGAUAUGGUAAAGAACAAUUUAAUAAUCCGUUUGGCAUUACCAUUGAUGAAAAUACCGGUAAAGUCUAUGUUGCUGAUCUUAAAAAUCAUCGCAUUCAAGUCCUCAAUCGGGACUACUCAUUUUCUCAUUCCUUUGGCAAAAAAGGAAAAGAACUAAAGCAGUUUAUGCAGCCUAAUGGCACUGCCCUUGAUUCUCAAGGUAACGUAUUUGUGACUGAUACGUUCAAUCACAGAAUACAAAAGUUCUCACAAUCCGGACAAUACAUAUCCUAUUUUGGCUCAGAGGGGCCUGGUCCAGGCCAGUUGAAGCUCCCAGAGAAGAUAGUCAUCAACAAUGAUUACAUUUAUGUCACUGAGCAUCUUAAUGCCCGCGUCUCUGUCUUCACAACUGAAGGUAAAUUUGUUCAAUGUUUCGGGAAGCAAAGCAGUGAGGGAGGACUGGUUUGGCCCCGUGGACUCACUUUUGACAAGGAUGGCAGUCUUUAUGUGUGUGAUUUUAGAUCACACUGCAUCUUCAAGUACUAAAAAUACACUUGCAACUGUGCAUUUAGCCAUUUAUCUUUUCUUUUGUUUAAACUUUUGAUUAGCCUAUUAAUGAGACUUUCAUGAUUUUUAUUAUUACUUAUUAUAGUCUUGUGUAAUUUAAUUUGCUGUUAUUAUUGAUAAAACUUU